AUGUUUACACGCACAGCUGUGCUAUCGCUCGCUCUUUCAUGUCUCUAUGGCAAUGUCGCAACCUUUGACUUGGACAUCAACAGUAGAGAUUCAAUUGUCGAUACUGCAAAGACCCUGGCAAGUGGCAUCGUAAAGUUCUACAACGCAAGUGUUUCCGAAUCUGGAAUCCCUGGCGUUUUCCCCGAGAAGUACUAUUGGUGGGAAGCCGGUAUCGUGCUGGAUGGUCUGAUCGGCUAUUCGAAUUUGACUGGCGACAAGCAAUACGACUCGUUGGUCUCGGAAGGUAUUCAAUGGCAGCGAGGCAACGGCUAUGCCUUUAUGGCCGUGAACCAGACCGCAUCCAUGACCAACGACGACCAGUGCGCCUGGGGACAGGCAGCGAUGAGCGCUGCAGAAUUCGGAUUUCCAAAACCAGAGAAUGGAUCGUGGAUAGACGCGGCCAUCUCUGUGUUUGAUGUCAUGACCAUGCGGUGGAACACUUCACUUUGUGACGGUGGUCUUUCUAUGGCAAUCUACAGCUUCAACGUGGGAUCCAACUAUAAGCACAUGGCAUCGAACGGAAACUUCUUUCUCCUCGCCUCUCGCCUUGCGAGAUUCACCGGCAACGCCACCUACACUGAAUGGGCCGAGAAGAUCUUUGAUUGGGCACAUGGAACGGGCUUCAUCACGGACGACUACGAUAUUUACGACGGUGCCGGUGGAGAGGAUAAUUGCACUGAGUUCAACCAAGUUCAAUUUACCUAUAAUCACGGACUCUUCACUGAGGGCGCGGCUGUCCUAUACAACAUCACGGAUGGUAAGCAGAAAUGGGCCGACGCAGUCGAGGGGUUUGUCAAUUCUACAACUCGCUUCCUUGAAAAUGGCGUUCUCGUAGAGAGCGCUUGCGAAAACAACGGCAAAUGCGGCGGGGAUCAUCGGGCAUUCAAAGGCGUUGCUGCUCGUUCCUAUGCCCGCGCUGCAGUUGCUGCACCUGAUAUGACAGGUCCUUUGAAGUUGAUGCUGGACAAGUCGGCCGAGGGCGCCGCCAGAUCUUGUAGCAAGGCUCAGGGAGAAGACGGGAAGACAGGCGAUGUCUCAUGCUCGCUGAGUUGGGUACAUCAAGAAAGCAUAUGGGAGUAUAACACUGCUAGCGAUGGGAACUUGGGUGAGGUAUUCGGUGCAAUGGAAGCCGUCCAAGGCCUGUUGUACUCACAGACGAAGAUACAAAGAUCCAAUGCUACUGGCAGCCCGGUGGAGGACGGUGCCGGGACGGAGGGAACGGGUGCUGCAGGCACCAUGACGGCCAGUAUGACGGCCGUCCUGGCUGCUGCGUUUGCCGCGGCUCUGCUGUGCUAG